AAUUGAAAUAUGAGAGAGAGAGAGAACCUUCUGGUUACCAAAAGUUCCCUUUCCAUUCCCAUUUUCUAAUGCUCUCUGUCUCUAUUUAUAAAUAAUUUUCCAUCUUCAAUCGAACUUUCUAAAGACCUUUUUUUCUCCUUCUCUCUCCAAUGAAUUUUUGUUCCUGAAUUCGAAAUUUACAGCUCUGAGAAUCUGAAUUACAUACAUUUUUUUAAGAAAAAUGGUUUUUGGGUUUUUGAUUUCAGCUUCCACUCUCCAUCUGCUUCAGUUUUUAGUUCAAUUUUGAUUACGCAGAGAUUACUCUGAAAUUGUUAGGUGGUGUGACCCAGCAGCCAACCUUUUGAUAAGAGACAAGAAUGGGGUGCAUAGUGUCUACACCGAAGGAUUCUGGGGGAAACAGAAGGAGACCAGGAAGUAUAGGGGAAGUUUUUGUGUAUAUACCUGGUUUUCGGAUACCAAAAGCUGUUGAUUUCUCUGUGUCACUUGGUGAUCACUUGUCAAAGAAUUCAGUGGAGCGUUUAUCAGCUUUAAGAACUCGAAUUGUAGUUAUGGCUGGCCAAGAAGCACCGACGGUCACAAGAACAAAGAGAAAAAGUGCUACCCAACAUGGAGGUUCAACAUUGGCUGAUCUUCAUCAGGCUCUUGAAGAUUACUUGCCUGUUCUUUUGGGAUUAGUCAAAGAUGGAAGUCAUCUACAACACAAGGUGCAAUUUGUCUGGAUAAAUCAAGAGGAUGAUGCAGAGGAAACAGCCAUGUCUAAUGCAUGGUAUGAGGUGUUAUCAGUUUUGCACUUAAUGGCAAUGCUAUUACUAUCCCAGGCCAACUUGUUACUUCUUCCAAGAAUAUCCACUGAUGGUUAUCAGCCAAAAGUAUCAGCAGAGAGCAGGCGAGCAUCUAUUGAUAUUUUCUUGAAGGCUGCAGGAUACCUGGAUUGUGCUGUCCGUCAUGUGCUCCCACAGUUUCCUGCUGCACUAAGGAGAGAUUUGCCGGUGGAUUUGGCAGAAGGAGUUCUUAGAGCACUUUGUCUGCAAGCAUUGGGGCAGGUUGUGGACAUCCAACUGGGGAUGGCAAUUGAUAGUGCCAAAGCUACUCUAGCAGUGAAGCGGAGGCUUGCUUGUGAGAUGGUAAAGUAUUGGCAGCAGGCUCAAGAUAAUAUAAUGAAUCUUCCAUUAGCCAAUGGUUGGGGGGAAAAGCACAGACUUUUUGUUAAGUGGAAAUAUGUGGAAGCAAAGGCAGCAGCAUAUUACUAUCAUGGCUUGAUCCUUGAUGAGGGGAACACAGAGAAAUCUCAUGGGAUGGCUGUUGCUGCUUUGCAAGCUGCAGAUGAAUAUUUUAAGGAGAGUAGGCGGGCAUGUGAGGCAUUUAAUGCUGCUUCUCCUUUAUCAAGAAAUCCACCGCUUUGGGGAACAGUGAAAUAUCUCUCUGAGAAAAUUCCAAAAGAUACUUCUAGCAAGGUGCGGAUAAAUCGCGAUCUCUAUUCUCAUGAAAAAAUAAUGGAGACAGCACCGACAUUGCCCGAUUUUGCUUUGUCCCUGAAACCGGACGAUUAUCAGCUUCCUUCGGUGGAUUCAUCUUGGAACGAAGAGAAUGUGAAUGGAGGGUAAGCCUAUUCCGACCAAAUCAAGAGUGAAGGCUGUGUGUAAUCUUUGCAGAAAGAAGCUAUACUACAAAAGCCAUCUCAAAAACUUGGAGUGGCCAAUUAAACAGGUGUAUCAUUCUUCAACUGUGUACCAAAGGUCCCCUUUAGCCCCACAUUUUUUAAGUAAAGUUUUCUUUCUCUUUUCUAAGAUUUCUUUUCCAACCUUAAAGCUUUGUAGCUUACCCUGUAAUAGAGCUUUGUGCAAGUUCCUGUUGUGUGUAAAUUUCUUGCUGCGGAAAAAGAAUUGUUUUCCUUGCUUGUAAAAUUGAUUAUAGCAAUAAACAUGAUUUUCUCUCUC